GUAUACCAACAUUUUCUCUUUCCAAGUGAAGUCCCCUAUUCUCUCCUUCCCUGCCGGGCUACCCCAACCGGUGGCCGAAGCUCCACAACAAAAAAGCAAGCUCGAAGCCUAAGAGCCUACAACCAAAAGCAACAAAUAAAACAGAAAAGAAACAGUAGCCCCAUUCCCCAGACCUCGGCCCACCCUUCCCAGUACCUAAAUAUUACCAAUCGACAGUUAGCUAAAAGAGUCUCAAGAUCCUAGCCUUUCAGCACCCCUUUAUAAAUCAUUUUCAUCUCUCAAAUGGGUUCUCAGUGUUACCUUCUUUCACGUGAAAAACAGCCCGGAAAGUAAUUCAAUUUGUGUCUGUUUUUGUAGUGUUAUUGAUAAGUAUGACUCAGCAGGCUGUGGUGGCCGGAGGAGAUGUGAAGGGCUGCUCCGGCGUAGGUGGCAGUGAUGAUGCCCGGACGGUGGUGGUGGGAGUGAAGCUUGAUGCUCAGAGUAGAGAACUGCUCACUUGGGCUUUGGUUAAGGUUGCUCAGCCUGGGGAUCGUGUCAUUGCCCUUCAUGUUCUUGAUAGUAAUGAAAUUGUGGAUCGUGAUGGGAAAUCAUCUCUGCUGUCUCUUGUGAAAGCUUUUGACUCUGUUCUUGCAGUGUAUGAAGGCUUCUGCAACCUCAGACAGGUGGAUCUCAAGCUAAAGAUCUGCAGAGGAUCAUCAAUUCGCAAAAUUUUAGUUCGUGAAGCAAAAUCUUACUCAGCAACUGAGCUUAUAGUUGGAACUUCAAGGAAUCAUCAUACCAUCAGGUCAUCAGCCUCCGUAGCUAAGUACUGUGCUAAGAAGUUGGCCAAGGAUUGUUCAACUUUAGCUGUGAAUAAUGGGAAAAUUGUCUUUCAUAAAGGGGCUCCAUCUUCAUCCAAUAUCAUCGCAAAAGAAAUUGAACAUCAUCAUAGGAAUGGUCUAUUUAAUGCACUUCAGAGGUCUCUGACUAAAAAUAACAAAGCAAUCACUGAUGGCAAUUUGGCAAUGGGAAUGAUAGCAUCUGACCACGUUACUAAUGGGACUUUAGAUCUAGCGCCAAAAGAUGGUGAUUCUAAACAUGAGGAUGGUUUCUUAAAAAAGGGUUGUCCUAUUUGUUCUCUUGCUACAGUAUCUGAAGAUGAUCGCAAUACACAAUCAGCAAAAGAAUCUUCCUGUGAUGGCAGCAAUGGAGACUCAAUGGCGAUAGUGCCAUUACAAAAGAUAGAGGCUGCAUCUAGUUCAAUUUCACUGUUGAUGAGGGAAUUGCCUGAAGUUAGACCUGGUUGGCCACUUCUUCGCCGAGCAAUAUUAUCAAACAAGCGAAAUUCUAGCAACUCCUCAGUACGUCAGAUCUCUGUGGUUCAGUGGGCAUUGCGUUUACCAAGCAGACAUUUUCUGUCAAUUGAUUCAAAUGAAAAAGGAAGAGUUUGUGAUCAUGACAAAGAUCAAUCCCCCAAAAUAGAUGGAGAAUGUGGUGCAAUUGUUCCCAUUGGCAAUGAGACUCCGCCUGCUCCUGCUUCUUCAGAUGGCAUAUCGAAGGCCUUACCAAAGGAGUUGGAGGGUCUCCAUGAUAAGUACUCAGCAACUUGUAGAUUGUUUAAAUACGGGGAACUUGUCUCAGCAACAUCAAAUUUCAUCCCCGAGAACAUGGUUGGUAAAGGUGGAAGCAGUAAGGUUUAUAAGGGUUGCCUUCCUGAUGGAAAGGAGCUUGCUGUCAAAAUUUUAAAGCCAUCUGAAGUUGCGUUGACAGAGUUUCUUCUGGAAAUAGAGAUUAUUACUGCAUUGAAUCACAAAAAUAUAAUCUCUCUUUUUGGUUUUUGUUUUGAGGACAACCACCUCCUUUUGGUGUAUGAUUUCCAGUCAAGAGGAAGCCUUGAAGAGAACCUUCAUGGUAACAAGAAGGAUCCACGUGCAUUUGGAUGGACCCAGAGAUAUAAGGUGGCUGUUGGUGUAGCUGAGGCACUUGAAUAUCUUCACAAUAGAGAUGCUCAGCCUGUGAUUCACAGGGAUGUGAAAUCUUCUAAUAUACUACUCUCUGAUGAUUUUGAGCCUCAGCUCUCUGACUUUGGACUGGCUAAAUGGGCUUCAACCACUUCAACUCAUAUAACAAGCACAGAUGUUGCAGGAACUUUUGGUUACUUGGCUCCUGAAUAUUUUAUGUAUGGAAAAGUUAAUGACAAGAUUGACGUGUAUGCAUUCGGAGUGGUCCUUCUUGAGCUUAUUUCAGGAAGAAAGCCUAUAAGCAAUGACUCUCCAAAGGGCCAAGAAAGCCUUGUUAUGUGGGCAAAACCAAUUCUAAACUCUGGAAAAUUUUCCCAAUUGCCAGACCCAAGUUUAAGUAGCAAUUAUGAUGGUGAGGAGUUGGAGAGGAUGGCUUUAGCAGCUGCACUUUGUAUUAGACGUGCUGCAAGAGCUAGACCUCAGAUGAGCCUUAUUCUGAAGCUCCUCCAAGGUGAUAUCGAGGUGACUAAUUGGGCAAGGCUACAAGUGAAUGGUUUAGAAGGGACUAAUACUGUUAAGCUAGUUGAUAGUUUGGAGGGCUCUGAUGCUUUAGAUGAUGAAACUUUUUCACAUUCCAAUCUCCAAUCCCAUCUAAACCUUGCGUUCCAUGGUGUGGAGGAUUCUCUUUCCAGCAUCGAGCAAACUAUUUCACUGGAGGACUAUCUACGAGGCAGAUGGAGCCGGUCAUCAAGCUUUGACUAACUGCAUUACUGCACAGAAUGCAAGUGGACAUUCUGUUCUCAUUCUUUUGUAAAUUGCCUUUUUCCCUACUUUGAUUUAGCAAUUCCUGAUUCUACGCUGCAUCUUUGUGUUGCUCAUUGGUGGGUGUUGGAUGAGAGGAUGUUUGCGGGUUUGCCCUCCUCCUUCCCGUUGUAUUCUAUGUAGCAAAUUGAUGUGCUAGGAUUUUGGUAUUUUUGGUCAGUUCUCUUCUCAAUCUGAAUGAUGAACUGAACCUAUUUUGAUUGUUCAAGAUUGUUGGUCAAGUGUACACAAAUGACAAAUGAGUAUCAAUAAAUACCUUUCUCAAGAA